UCAAGCUUCCAAGGAGUGUCCGUUGCAGACCCCUACAAUGGGGGAGGAGCUGCUGACUGUUCUUUUCCAUUUUUUUAAAUCCAAGCGACCCUCCCUAAGAUUUGAACUUCGAAACCCUUGGCCGCCGCCAUCGCUUUCUAACGGCCUCCUUUACUCUCCUUCAAAGAUGACUUGCUCAGCUCCCCUUCCCUCUUUGUAAGCGAUUCAUUGUUCUUGCUCUUCUUUUUGGAUUUCUUGUUUCCCUGUUGAUUUUUUUUGUAUUUUGGUUCAUAUCUGAUCUCUACAACUCAAGAACUCUGUUGGGUAUCGUAAAUUUACUAAAUUAAUACUCAUUGAGAAUCAUGGGUUUGUGUUCUUCUGAGAAUCGAAUCAUGGGUUUGUGUUCUUCUGAAAAUCGAAUCAUGGGUUUGUGUUCUUCUGAGAAUGGAAUCAUGGGUUUGUGUUCUUCUGAAAAUCCCCGUUGCCAUGACUUCUAUGGCACUAAUACCAAGCCCACGCAAAAGGGUGAAGGAAAUGGUGGUGGAGGAGUCCAUUUUCAGCCACUUGGGUUUGCUAAUGAUAGCAAUAACAGCGAUGGUGAUGAGAUUUUGAAGCUUUUUGACAUACUUUCUUCUUUGAAAUUUGCCUAUUUGCAGUUUCAGAAAGCUCAUAUACCCUAUGAGCCAAAGAAGAUCAUUGUUGCUGAUGAACUUAUUGUAACUCAGCUGGAAGCUCUCUGGAAGAUCAAACGUGCAUUGAAACAGAACCAUUUCAAUGCAAUUGAGUCCAAAAGCUUACAACAUGAUGUUCUUAAGGAGAAAGUUAGAUAUCAAGAGAAGCUAUUGGAAGAGUUAAAAUCUAAGUUGGAAGCUCAAAACAUCGAAGCUCAUUGCUUGAAGCAACAGCUUCGAGAUUUGGAUUCAAGGAAUGAAAUGUUGGGUGAGAAAAUUAUGAAAAGGGGAGCAAGUUCUUCAUCCAUCAAUGGUUUUGAAGAAACAUUCAUUGCCACUUACAAAUCCAUUCAUGAUUUUGCUAAACCAUUAAUAGCUUUGAUGAAAGCUUCAGGGUGGGAUCUUGAUGUUGCAGCAAAAUCUAUAGCAGAAUCAGCUGUUUUCUUCAAAAGAUCAGACAAGAAAUAUGCAUUUGAAGCUUACAUAGCUAGAAGAAUGUUCUACGAAAUGUCGUAUGAGCCAUGGAAUAUCGAAGAUGUCAAGAAGUUUGAUGAUCCAAUAGAGUUCUUGUUAAUGAAUCCAAACUCUGAAUUUGGUAAGUUUUGUCAGAGAAAGUACCUUUUAGUUGUUCAUCCAGUGAUGGAAGCUUCAUAUUUUGGCAAUUUGGAUCAUAGAACACUCGUGCAGUGUGGCAAGCAUCCAAGAACACUGUUCUAUCAAAUAUUUGCAAAAAUGGCGAAAUGGGUUUGGAUCUUAGGAGGCAUUGCAGCUUCUACAAAGGCAGAGUCUUUUGUGGUUAGAAGUGAUAGCAUGUUCUUAGAUACCUUCAUGGAAUCUGUCAAAGGAGAUGAGGGAGUGUUAGAAGGGAGAUGUAGCUACACUGUUGGGUUUAUGGUCAUGCCUGGAUUUAGAGUGGGGAAGACGUUGAUAAAAUCUCGGGUUUAUGUUUCGAGAAGUAAACUAGAGAGUUGAUGAUACCGUGACAUCGGACUAACUGGUAACUUGAUUGUAUGAAAUUAGUACGAGUGAAACUAAGAUUGUGGAUCGAACGUUGUACAUUAGAAUUGUGAUAUAACUAGGAAACUCAGAAUCUGUAAUGAACUGUUUGUUUUCUUGUUAGCAUGGCUUGAAUUUCAAGGGUGGAGGUGUGUUGGUUGAUA